AUGCUCCGCGCUGCAGAGCAGCUCCAGGAUGUGCCUCCAAGACAGCAACAAGAGGCAGUAGAUGAGGAAACAGCCUUGGAGGCAGCCGAAGUACUUAUGGCUUCGGCUCAGGGCGUGGCUAUUGCAGAAAUGCUUGACGAGCUAGCAAAGGAACAGAGACGCAUGGAGGAAGUGCAGAGGAUAUCGGCUCUUGCGAAUUUGGCUGUACGGGAGAGGCGCUUACGUGAGGCCCAGGAAUCUGGAACUCGACAGGCUGAGGAAAUGCUUCGGGAAAGAGAAAACCGUCUGUUUCAGAAUGCAAUGGGCAUCAACAAUCAAACCAUUGAUUCUUACCUCCAAGCUAUCAUUGAAAAGGCAGGGGCAGGAAAUGCACAAGAAGAGGCUCUGUUGGAGGUUUGUCUGCAUUCCGAGCAUUUGGCUAGAGUUGUUGAUGAUCUGCAAGAGGGUCAAGAAGAACCACACGUGAUUGUGGGGGAGCUUGUCAGGGGGCUCCUUAUGCCAACCCUUGCAAGUCAGUGUCAACGAAGGGACAAACAAAUUGAAGAUCAUAAAUUCCGUGUGGCUGCUCGCCUUGCAGUAGAGGAAACAGUUGUAGGCGCCUUAUCUAAUCGGGUUCUAAAACUAGAGCGUGCAGCAGAUGCUGGCGGCAAGACAUGCUAA